CGAAGAAGUCCUCUCCUUCUCUCUUUCUCCCUCUCCCUUUCUCUCUCUUUUUCUCUCUUUCUCUCUCAGCUGCGUACCUUCAGCGGUUUACCCGUUCCCCGUCCAAACCCGGUACAUCUCGCAGUGUCCUCUCUCCAUCCGGCUAUCCCUCCCAUCGGUACCACCGACCGGCUCCACGCUCCCUUCCUCGAGGCGCGAUAGCGUCUCUGUCUCGUCAAUCUUUCCUCUUUCUCAGUGUCCCGAACGUUUGAACACCAACGCGUUCAUCGUCGGUACCACAACCGACGUUCGCCGGAUGACGUCAUCGGCGUGGGCGCACCCCCGUGCGAGAAAGAGAGAAAAAGAGAGAGGGAGAGAGCGUGUGUGUGUGUGUGUGUGUGUGUGUGUAUAUGUGUCUCCUCUCGUCUCUCUUUCUCUCUCCCUUCCCUCUUUCUCUCUUUUUCUUUCUCUCUUUGAGCGUGUCCUCUUUUCUCUCUCUCGCGUCUCUCUCUCCCUCUUUCUUUAUCCCCGCGAAUUACACUCCUCCGGUUUCUCCGGUCCGAGUUUAUCUCCUUUAUCUCUCCUUUCUCGCUUUUGCGCGCGCGUGCCGGAAGAUAUCCAAUUGAUCGGUGACACAACGCGCGCGCGGUGGAGAGACCGUUGGAAAAACGGCUCCGAAAAAAAUGACGAAACCUCGCGCGAGAUCGGCCGUGCGCGGUUCGCGCGCGCCGGUCGGUCCGGCCAGGAAAACUUGAAUGGACCGGCGGCGUCGGAGGCUAGCCCGCGGAACUGCCGUUCGACAAAGGGUUCAAAGGUCGUUAGCCUCGCCUUCGAACCGAUUUCUUCGGGACACGAUGUAACAACAGAGUGCCUCGCCACUUUGGGGCUCGCGCUCGUCGUCGAUCGCCACCGGCGACGAAAUGAGCGGACGGGCUUGCGUUGUCACCGCCGUUCCUCGUUAGUUACCGUAGAUAGGAGCUCUCGAGUCGGUACGAGAGAAACGACAAGGGGUAAGGAACGAUCCCCAGAGACCUCGAUAAUGAUGACGUUGUCAAAGCUGUACGAAGGUGCUACCGGCGGGCCAGCCGGCGACAGCCGACGACGAGGACGCUGACGGCGUCGACGACGGCGACGAACGGCGAGCCGGCGACGCGCGUUCACGAUAACAACGACUACAACGGAAACAGGCGCGAUGACAAAGAUCAUUAUGGCGGCGGCACAGUCACAGGCGCGCGCGCCAUAUCAGCGGCAUUACAUUAAUAUCAUAAUGGCACGAGAUCAAGCGAAUGAGUCGGCCUGCCGCGGGGCACACUUCGAACCAAGAGGCGCUUCUUCGUGGCCAACGCCUCUCGCCGUGCGCUGUCUCGCAUCGGAGUGGAUCAUUUGUCUUCCUGAGCAAACUACAACUAUGCGUGCCGUAGACUCCAGCGAUUCUCCGUCGGCCGGCGCGAGUCAUUUUCGCAAGGGAUUGCUGCUCGAUCCGCCGCGGAAAUAUCGCAGCGAAGUAAAAGUACCGAUGCCCGGACAGGGACAUUUUUAUUGUUCCGAUUUUUAAGUACCUUUUUAAUAUUUGCAAACUUUUGAUAUAAAAUAUAUGCACGUACAUUUUACGUUGAGAGUUUAAAUGUUUGUAUUUGAGGACUAAAACAACAAUAAUGUCCAGAAUUAGGUACGUGUCGGGGAAUAACAAUAUACCAUGAAAUCACGAAAUGUAACAAAUAUAUGUAAUAAGAUUAAAGGCUUGUUUGUUUUUUUCCGAUUAUGCACUGAGAACAUAUAUUCGAGAAUUUAUGUUUGUCGGAUAUAAAGUUAGUUUCUCUGUGUGAAAUAAAGUUUUUAUUUCUGA